AUGUGCUCAACUGUUGAAGAAUGGCGGAGUUUCUGCAGUAGGUUUGAGAUGGAAGUUGAAGAGGCGUGUGCAUUGGCCAGAUCCAGCAAGCGCUACGGCAUGGUAGACUGGGCGAGCCUUCCCCAUGGUAUCCUGGAAAAUGUGAGGGCCACGAUGAAUGAUGGCCGCCUGGGCAGGUCCUUGGACCUGAGCAAUGCACGGUUGGUAAACCACCACUGGCAUCGUUGGGCGUCAGAUUCUGUCACUCAACUGCACAUCAGCAUCCGCGAGGAUGUCCCCAGCCUGUGCUCCAUGGUGGCCACCAUCGCACACAAGUUUGUAAAUCUGGAACGACUGCACCUCGUGUAUGAUGACGUCCCUUGUGGAGCCACCGAACUGGAACAGCUGAGUGGACUGGAAGGCCUCACGGCACUGGACAUCAGUGGCUGCUACAUCAACGAUGGGUGCCUGCAGUGCUUGAGCAAGUUGAUGGGCCUGCAGCACCUGGGCCUGGCAUACUGCAGCCAUGUGACUGACGCGAGUCUGGCGAGUGUGGCGCGGCUGCCAGCGUUAGCUUCCCUGGCCUUGUCUUCCUGUUGGAAUAUCACUGCGGACGGCAUGGCGCAUUUCACAAGGCUGACGACCUGCACAUCCCUGGUGCUGCUUUACAGUGACGGGUUCAACCACGAGGCUGCUGCCCAUGUGGCACAGCUGACUGGCCUCCGGGAACUUGAGCUGGCAUACUGCCGACAUGCAACAGACGCCAGUUUGAGGCAGCUGGGGGUCUUGACAGGUCUCGUGUUGUUGAACCUGUCAUUUUGCUAUGGCCUGUCAGAGCCGGGAUUGGAGCACGUGGGAAGGCUCACUGCACUGCAGCACCUUGACUUGUCCUGUGUGGAGGAAGUGACGGAUGGGGGAAUGCAGCAUGUGGGAAACUUGACUGCGCUGACACAUUUAAACCUUACACGCUGCAAACUCAUAACAGAUUUCGGGGCAAGGCAGCUGGGUGCACUGAGGGCCUUAAAGAACCUGAAUUUGUGUGGCUGCAUUGCCCUCACAGAUGCAGGCCUUAAAACAGUGGGAACUCUGACGACCCUGACGUGCUUGUGCCUGUCCCUUUGCAAGGGAGUGACGGAUGAGGGGGUGAAGCACAUUGCCAGAUUGGUGUCGCUGACAAACCUGGACGUCGGGCUGUGCCAGGACGUCACCGACGAUGGUGUGAGGCUAUUGGGGAGAAUGGUGCUUCUCAAGGACAUUGUUGUGGCUGGCACCAAGGUGACAGACAGAGGGGUUGAAUGGCUGAGGGCCGCCUUGCCUCGGAUGCAGGGCAUCCACACUGGGCUUUUUGACACAGAAGGCCUUGCAGUGGAUGGACAGGGAAGAGCUCCGUAUUUAUAG